CUCUGUAUAUAUAUAGAUCUAAAACUUAGUUCUUGAAAUAUAUAAAUAUAUUAUAUAUAUAUAUAUAUUAUAUUAUAUUUAAAAAACAUCAAUUAUGGAUGUUGAUGUUAAAUCCAUUGUACACGAUGUAUUUACUAACGAAAUCUUUGCCCAAGAACUUUCCGACAUUAGCAAAGAAAUAUGGACAAACCCUGAACUGGGAUUCAAAGAAUACAAAGCUCACGACAUACUGACGAAUUUUCUCGAAAACUACGGCCUAACAGUCGAAAGAAAGUACAUCCUUCCGACUGCGUUUCGGGCGACAUUCGAAACGGCUGGGUCAGAGAACGGCCCACACAUUGCCAUUAUGUGCGAAUACGAUGCCCUGCCCGAUAUCGGCCACGCUUGUGGUCACAAUUUAAUAGCCGAAGUUGGGAUUGCUGCAGGAGUGGCGCUGAAAACUGCUAUGGAUGAUGAAGGAAACAAACUAACCGGAAAGCUGACGGUACUUGGCACACCGGCUGAGGAAGGCCUUGGUGGUAAAGUGAAGUUAAUUGAUGCUGGAGCUUUAGAAACUGUUGAUGUUGCUAUGAUGGCCCACCCUUCAAACAAGUCAAUUUGGCGACCCAAAUAUUUAUGUCUUCAAGGGUUGAAUAUCCAGUUCACGGGCAAAGCAUCCCAUGCCUCUAGCGCCCCCUGGAAUGGCAUCAAUGCUUUGGAUGCUGCCGUUCUUUGCUACCAAAACAUUUCUUGUUUACGACAGCAGAUGAAGCCAACAUGGAGAGUCCACGGGAUUAUUAAGAAUGGUGGAAUUGCUCCAAAUAUUAUUCCAGAAUUUUCAGAAAUGGAAUAUUUCAUUCGUGCACCGAUCAAAGGGGAACUCGAUUCGAUUGUGGACAAAGUUAUCUGCUGCGCAAAAGGAGCUGCCACUGCAACAGGCUGCACUCUGAACUACAAACUAAUACAACCUGGUUAUUGGUCUUUAAUAUCCAACAAUACCCUUGCUGAACUCUUUGAGAAGAACUCCAGAACACUGAACCUCGAAGAGGAUUCCGGUCUGGUGAGAUAUGGUGGUUCCACAGAUAUGGGCAAUAUCUCACACAUUGUACCCAGCAUACACCCGAAAUUUGACAUUGGAGCUCGUUGUCAUCAACACACCAGAGAUUUUGCUACUGCUGCAGGAAGCCCUGAUGCUCAAGAAAUCACACUGAAAAUUGCCGAAUGUAUUGCACUCACGGCCGUUGAUAUUCUGCAGAAUCCGUCCCUGGUGCAACAAAUGAAGUCUCAGCUGCAAGAAGAUUUAGUUCAAGAACACUCAACGAAAUAAAGUUCUUCAUUCCCCAUUCCCUUCUCCUUAAAGGAAAAAAAAAUUAUAAUGAACAUCGCAACUCCUUAUGA